AUGGAACAUAUUGCAAGUUCUCACGAAGAAAUGUAUCAUCUACAAGAAGAAAUGCAAUCUACUGUUCAUCCGAUGACGUCUCAUCGUGAUCCGGGCGAUGAGAAACUGAAACGCGAUUUGAAAAGUCGACAUAUUACUAUGAUGGCUAUUGGUGGUAUUAUCGGUCCUGGUCUUCUCGUCGGUUCAGGGACAGCACUUGCAUAUGCUGGUCCUGCAGGUGCUUUAAUUGCUUUUGCUGCUACUGGAGUCAUCGUUUUCUUUGUGAUGCAGUCACUCGGCGAAAUUUCAACAGCCAUUCCUGUGAGUGGCGCAUUCAUGGACUUUGCUGGCCGUUUCUGCGAUCCUGCCUUGUCAUUUGCUCUCGGUUGGAUCUAUUGGUACCUAUGGAUAACAGUACUAGCAAAUGAGUAUAAUGCCAUAUCGAUUGUUAUCAUGUACUGGAUUCAGAUUGUACCGCAAUGGGCAUGGAUCGUUCUUUGGUGGUUUAUUUUCCUUGCCUUAUCACUAGUUGGUGUACUCGUUUAUGGGGAAAUUGAAUUUUGGCUUAGCUCAAUGAAGGUUUUGGCUAUUCUUGCUUAUUUCGUUCUCGCUAUUCUCAUCGAUACUGGAGUUAUCGGUGGUAACCGUAUCGGUAUGCAAUUGUGGAAUAAUCCGGGUUCGUUUGCUGAUGGUAUAAAUGGUAUCGCUAAAGUUUUUGUCAUUGCUGGCACACUCUAUGCAGGUGUUGAGAUGGUCAGCGUUACAGCGGGUGAAUGCGAAAAUCCGCGACGGGCUGUUCCUCGAGCAAUUAAGCAAGUGUUUUGGCGUAUCAUAAUAUUCUAUCUCGGUACCAUAUUCUUUAUUGGUCUUUUGAUUCCGUAUAAUUCAUCUCGUCUUCUUUCGUCUCAAUCCAAGACAGCUGCAUCCCCAUUGACUAUCUCCCUUCAAGACGCCGGUAUUCGUGUAGCUGCUCACAUUAUCAACGGACUUAUUGUCGUCUCUGUUGUAUCUGCGGGAAUGUCUUCCAUCUAUAUUACAUCACGAACCGUUUGUUAUUUGGGAAAAACGAAACGAGCACCAAAAUUUCUGAGUACAACUAACAAACGUGGUGUUCCUUGGUGUGCAAUUGUUUUUAGUAAUUUUUGUGCGUGUAUAUGCUUUAUCAACCAAGGGCCCGGUGGAAUAGGCACUGCUUAUACAUAUUUGAUAAAUCUUUCUGGUGUUUCGACAUUUAUCGUUUGGGCAGUGAUAUGUUUGACACAUAUCCAAUUCCGUCGCGGAUUAAAAGCACAAGGUGUUCAUAUAAAGGACUUACCAUUUCGAGCGCUGUGGUAUCCAUAUGGGGCCUACUUUGGACUUGGUGCCAAUAUAUUUCUGAUUUUCUUUCAAGGGUAUACUAGUAUAAUUCCAUCGUUUGAUCUAGUUACCUUUACUGUCUCGUAUAUUCUCAUUCCCGUGUUUCUACUUCUAUUUUUCGUAUACAAAUAUUUGUGGAAAACGCGAUGGAUUCAUGCACCUGAAAUGGACAUUUGGACUAGUCGUCGUCUACCGCACGAAAACGAAAUUGAAAUGGAAAAUUCUACAAUAUGGUCGCGCCUUCGAGCAAUCAUAAUCUGA